UCGUUUGAACACACCACAUUUGCAGUUACCUUGAUUUGCAGCGAUCUUUUGCAUGUACAGACAUCUGCGCUGAUGUCUGCGCAGACAGAUCGUUGCAUGUGGACCGGACUCAACUUCCAGGUUUGCACACACCUCAGUUUGGUGCAAAUCUUCUGUCCACAAGCAACGAUCUGUUUGCGCAGAUGUGAUGUGCGCAGACAGAUCGUUUCGUGUUGACGGGCCUUUAAAAGCGAUUUUAAUUUUAAACAACUGAGGAAAGUUUCAGUUCACAGUUAACUGUUGCACAGAGGGAUCAGCGAUUUCGUAAUACCGUCACUCGAGUUCUUCAUGGGCACAAUAUAAUCUAGCAUGCCUAUAUGCCCAAAAAAUUAUUGGACAUUAAAUUACCUCGGAUAAGAAAAAAAGAGAAGUCGAAGAUCUUUGUAAUACAUGCGUAAUAUUAAUGUGUUAUUUGGGUCCAUUAAUUAACAGUCCACUGAUAUUUGAAGAACAUUUGUGUAAGGUAUCAGAAAUUUCCGCUACAAUGUAAACUUUUUUUUUUGUUCUUGUGUUCUAACCGCAUGUUGAAAUUUUCUUGGCUAACGAGGUGUGUUUUCUAUUUCAAUAAACAGUCAAAAAUAUCAAUCCAUUUUUCUGUGGGUUGUUACAUUUCUAGGACUACUGACACGCUCAUGAAAAUCAUAGAAUUUUAAGCAAGCACUAUUACAGGAUUUCGUUCUCGGUAGUUCUAAAGUGGUAGUUCUCCUUUAAUCAGAGUGUAAUCUGCUGAAGAAGUCUGGUGUACGCGCAGUUAUCUCUGCUUAAAUUUGCAGUGUCGCAAGAUGUCAACACAGUCGUCAAAACAUUAAUGGCCUUGAAACGUUUGUCAAGUUUGACGUUAUUUUAUGCGUUUGCCACUCACAGCUGCCAGAGUGUAUUUGUUUGAGGUGUAUUAUAUCGUUCGUUGGACAUGUCAUCAGUACUCGAAAAUGCCUAUUUGCGGCAUAGGCUGAGACAAAUGGAUCAGCUGUAUCCGGAACCUUCAACAUUUGGGCACUGUGACUGCACCUCAUAUUCUUACUUUGCUCUCUCUUUAGUCCUGUUUGUGAUGGGGGCCGUAAUAACCGUGCUUGCUCUCGGAGACGCCGACGGGUACCUAUUUUCUAACUUAGGUCACAUGUGGCUCGUCGGGCCAAUUUUUAUUUGCUCUGGACUCAUGAUUGCAGUGAAAAGUAUUUUAUAUCUCAGAAGAAAAAGUGUCAUCCAGAUGUUACUGCGGCAGCGAGCGCUAUUAAGGGGACUACAGGAGUUAGCCCAGCAGUCAAGAAGUCAACAAUCAGGCUGUGUAAUACGCAACCCAAGCACUGUCACAUUGCCACCAACAUAUGAAGCCCUCAUGGGUACUACUGAAUCACAUGGUGGUAGCACCUCAACAGAAGCACCUCCACCUACAUAUGAGGAAGCAAUGUUCCUCAUGGGUGAUGAAAAGCUGUGUGUUGUGCUUGAUGAUCCCAAAUAUCCUACUACUUCCAGCUCACACCAGAGGAAAGGCUCUCAGUCUACCUCAAGGAGUCAAAAACCUGGUGAUGCAGCAGGUGCAGACUAAGAUUGUGAAUAGAUUUUUAUUCAUACCAUGUUAGCCGUUGUGGUUAUCAGUGCUGUAGUGUCUUAAAAGAUUUUAAGACAAGGGUAGGUGGUGUCAAGAAUGAGACGACUGUUCAACUUGGAAACAUUUUAUGACAUUUUUGCUAGUAUUUUUGCACCACAAGUGUUUAAACGCAAUGGAAACAUAUCCUGUGAUGGAAUACAUUUUUUCUACAGUAUUUUGAAGUAAUAGUAAUGGUAAUAUUUAUUUACUGCACAAAAUUUGGCAACUGGAAAUCUGUAGCUCUCUAUUGGAGUAGUCAUUUCCAUAACACUGUGAAGGUGGUAUUACAGUUAAUUAGUUUUUAAAAUAUCUACAACCUUUAUGAGGGACGCAUUUUCUUCAUUAGAGUGCUUAAUACUGUUGUCUUCACUAAUGUAAAAUAACGUAGGUAUCUAUGAGAAUGCCUUUAUAGUGGGAUUGAAAAAAAAAUAGUGUCAUUAUUUCUGUAAUAGCAGUUACUAUUGCAUUUCAGAUAUUGAAAAUGAAGUGAGGGAGAAUUUAGGUACAGUGCAGUACCUGUAACCUGUGAGAGGAAAAUGAUAUCCCUGUUCAAAUUGUGUUCAGAGACUACAAGCUUCUGAGCUAAUCAGAAUAAGAGCAGGCUUUGUAGUGAGUAAGUAAAAAUAAUAAAAAUUUAAACAGUGAUUCUCUUACUUGAGGUGCCAAACCUAUUAAAAUUAGUAGUUUUGGGGCAAUUUAUGGUAAACAUUUGUAUUCUUAUUUUCAGCAAUUCAGAAUGAUCAGAGUUGAAAAUGGAUUCAGAUGUCAUUACAUUUGAAUGUAUAUAUCUAAAUUCUGGAAUAUUUCUUUGGUAUCAAUGUUAAUAGAUUUAGUUAUUUAGUGUAUAAUGUCUUAUUUUUGAUAGAUGUUACAGGUGUGCUGUUAAUCAUUAAAUCAGGAGAGGUACAUAACAAGAGAUAUUUUGAAAUAGUUCUCUGUUCUAAAAUUUGAUGCGUGUCCUUUUGUUACUUUAAACUUCACUAGCUGAUAGACAGACGUGUUAAAUAUUAAUUUCUUUAUGUCUGUGGAAACUGUUCUCUCCCUCUCUCACAUACACUUUGAAAACUAAGGUCUGUGAUGCACUACGAAAGUCAGCUGCAAAUAUCCAUGAUUUUGUUUUGUGUGUAUUCAAAUUAAACAAUAUUUUCUUUGUAAAUUAAAUGGCAAGUAAAUUUCUUAAAUUCUAAAUAAUAAUAUAUUUCUUGAAAAUAACAUCAGGCAAACACAGUUUUCCUUUCUUUUCACCUCUCUAAAAUAUAUAACAUGGGAGAUAAUAGUGUUGGAAAAUUGUUGUUAUGAUUUUGGUGGUAGUGUCAGGAAUCAGUCUCUUAUAUUGUACAUUGUUUCUCUAGAAAUUUUGUGGCCAAUUUUGUGCUCUUUUUCCUAGUGUUAUCUCUCAACUAUCUCAGAGAAAAGUCAACAUACUUCACUUCAGGCAUGAGAAGCUUCUCUUUAUUUUUGACUGAUCUAUUGAUGCAAUACAUUCUCGUUGCACUAAUUUCUUGAAAUUUAAUCUGAGUGUCAUUUCGUCUGCUUUAAAUAAAAACAGACUUAUAUGGGUAUAGUACACUUAUUAUACAGCUGUGUCCAUUGUUAUUCAAAAGUUUAGCUAUGAAGUGCCUAGAAAUGGGCACAUGAAAUAAAGUACAGUGAAGGUUAUUUGAAAAUUCAGUUGUAUUGGGGCUAUCCAUUCUGGUUUUAUAUAUAUUGGCAAUAUAUUUAUGACAGUUUUAUAGACAAUAGUUUGGUGCACCUAACAAGAGAAUUACUGUGUAACUUAAGUCAUUCUAUACAGCCUAUAUAAUUUGAUUCAUGCUUGGCUGUCUAAUCUUGGACAAGAUAUGCACAAAACUUAAUAGUCAAAAUUCUACUGACCUCAUUUUGCUACAAACAAAGUGACUAUAGAAAGGUAAAGGUAAAUUUACAAAAAAUUAGGGAACUUUAAAAUGCUAUUUGGACUGAAGUGAUGGACAGGCAUGUGCUGUGUCUGAAAAAUUGAUAGGCUGUAAGUAUCAGUAAGAUUCUAAAAACAGCAGCAACUUGAAUUGGUGGGUAACACUUUUGAAUUUUGAGGUACGUAAUGAUAAUCUUGCUGGUUCAGAUGGUAUACCUAUUUUGUUGUUGUGAGAUUUUUUUUCCAAAAAAAGUCUUGUGGUAGCAUAAUGACUUUUCAGUAUAUUUUGUUCUCAAUUAUACCACUCAAAAUAUCUUGUGCAGUCUUUGAACACAUUUGUAUUGGCUAUGAGCUGUUAAUUAUGCUGUCUAACGUGUCAUACAGUGAUAUGUUGUGUUUCUUUUCCUAUUUACAUACAUUGGGAUGGUUGGCAUGAACCAACUUCCUGAAACUAAAGGUUGAAGUAAGAUAAGUGAUAAUGCAGUAAAUAUGUGUAGUGUAUUUUGGUUACCUUCUGUGUUUGUAUCUUGAGCUUGGAGUGAUUUACACUUCACUGGCUUGUGUUUUGUCAUUGUUCUCCCACUCAAAUUCUGAGAUUAUUUCUUUCAGUGUAAAAAUAAAGUUUUUUCCAGCAUCAGCCUGUAUGUGACCUGUAAUUUUGGCUAAUGUGGCAAUAAUCGAUUGUGUCAUAAUUUGAACAUUCAGUGUGACAGCUAUUUCCACUUAAUUUUUAUAUUUUCAUUUACUAGAUGAAGUUCACGUAAAUACUGAUUUGAUUGCCCGUUAUGCUGCUAAAUUUAAUUUAAUUUAGCUGUUUCCUUACACCAUUCCCAGUUGUAUCUAUAAUGGAUACAGGGUGUAAUGUUUGUAUUGGUGUUUGUUUUUGUUAAAAAAUGAACUGUGUACCUUCACGAGAGGAAUCAUUUCACAACCCAUGUUUUCUUAGUUUCUAGAUUUUUUUUUCUACAUAGUAAAAUGGUAAGAUUUCUUAAUGAUAUUAUUUUGGGCUUUUGUUUUGCAUGAUCUUUUCCAUGAAAUCAAAAAUGUUUUUGUAAUUGUUAAAUUUUUUAUUUAAAGUUAGAAACAUUAAUUUGGAAAUUUUAAAAACAUGAAAUGUGGUUUAUUUUAAAAUUCCUUGGAGUUAUUUUGAUAACAGAAUUGGCUGUGUCAUAUUACAUUAAAACAGUGUCAUUUACAAUUAUGACUGUUACCUUAUUGUUAUCUGUUGAUCAAAUGCAUUCUUGGCAACACAGUAUUUCUGUGCCAAAGCAACUGGGGCCUGUUGUUGCAAUGGAUGUUAAGGCAUAUUGUGGGAGCUGAAAAGAAUAAUUUUAAUUAAAAGUUAUGUGAAAUUAAGUGAAAUUACCAAAGAGAAGUCUCUGAAACAAGAAUGUAAGAAGGCAAGGAAUUGUUGCAUGUAAAAAAUUUGCUUUGUGUGAUGUAGCUUGGUAUCUUUACGAUUUUAUAAUUCUACUAGUAGAAUAUUUUAUAUAUUUAUAAGUGAAUUAUUGCUAUUACAUUCUUAUGACCUCAUAUAAUGCCUGUUUAAUUUUGUUGCUUAUUAGACCCAGAUAUAAAAGGGGGAGUACUUAUUUAAUUUAUGAUGUUGGAAGCUAACUAAAACAUGUAGAUGCAACAUUAUAGUUUAUUAAGUGUACAAAAGGCCUGAUUCAGUGCCUUUCUUUGGAUUAUCACCACCUUUACUCAGUAUGAAGAGCAUAGUGCUUACCUAUAAAAAAAAGUCAGUAGCUAAAUGAGAAAAGAUAAAGAUUUAAAUGAUAAGUAAAUAAAUAUAAAUCAUUAUUUAUCAUGUAUUUUGGAGUAUACUAUUGAAUUGAACAGUAGAUGAUAUAUGUUUGGAAUAUUCCAGCAUCAUAGCACGAUGUGUUUGCUAUCCCUCAUUUGAAAAUAAGAUUAUGUUUCAAUAAAGUAUUAUUACUGUGAAGAAGGAAAAUACCCUCAUAAUUAAAUAAUCAUGUGUAAUGCCCAGUUUUAUAUAGAGUGAGAGUAAUUGCAAUUUUAUAUAGAGUGAGAGUAAUUGCAAUUAGCAAACUGCAUACUUUGCACUUAACAACUGGAAUUUUAACACAGUAUUGCAUAAUUCGUGAACACUUUAAGACUGAAUAGAUGGAGGAUUAAUAUUCUGGUGCUGAAAAUUCCAAGAUCUCAUUGAAGUAAAUUGUCACUUUCUUAUUCGAUUCCUGUCUUAUUAAAUCAGUUUCUUGGAAACAAAAUAAUGUAUAUACAUGGUGGCAUAUUCCUCCAAUUCAAAUCAGUUCCUGAUUAAAAUAGUUUUAUUAAAAAUACUCUGAAGUGGAUGUUACAUGCAAAAGUAAAUAAAUAACAAACUUAUACUUUUUCACUGGUCGGCAUUGUGGUACUCCUUUUUUUUCCACCUGUGGAUCACAAUAUAAAUUUAUUUAGAGACAGGACAUUGAUUCUGGAAAAUACUUCUUUUCCAAAAUGAAUUUUUCACUCUGUAGCAGAGUGUACUAUGUUGUUAAACUUGCUUCUGUAUUACACCCAUGCACAGGGCUGGAACAGCCAGAGCAGAUAUGCUGGUGAACUGCUGUCAUGUUUGGAAAACAUGGAAGGAGGUACCACGACAACUCAAGUUGUAAGGUGGGUCACAAGUUAUCAGAAAGCUCUGCUAGAAAGGUCAUUGGUUAUGAAAGGCAAAGGUUCGGAUUGAAGUUCCUGUCGGCACACAGCUUUUAUCUAUGUGUUUCAAACUUGCUUUGGUGUAUCACAGAUGUUUCAAAACCGGUGGUUCAAAAGUAUUACUGAGGUGAACCCACUAGGUUCAUGUGAAUUCAGUGAUAUUAUGAAAUAAGUAACUAGUUUCUAUGUUUUGCAUUCAUCUGUCAUCAAAUAAGAAUUCUACAAUUCGUGUGCAUCUAUUUCAGUUACUAGGAAUAUUAUCCAUUUCUCUGUGAUGACUUUCAAAUACUUAUACUUUUUAAGUGAAUGUGUGCAAUGGAUAUUUGACAGUAGUAAAUGUUCCUUUGAGAACACUUUUUUUUAGUAAGAUUUCAAACUAAAUUACACAGCUGUUCUACUUUUUAUGUAGUUUGUAAUAACUUCAUGUUGCAGAGUAUUUGUACUCUGUACUGCUCUUCAGGAAUGCCUGCAGCAGGGUUUUUCAAAAUAAUUGUUUGUUGGAAAAAAAGGUUCCACAAAGAUAUUAUUGAUGUGGGAGCAGAGAUGGAAGUCUGACAUAGUGAAAUGUGACAGAGUAGUUGACCAGUGAAACACAUUGUUUCAAACAUUCAGAGCCAAAAGGUAAUUGUGUAUAGAAUCUUUUUUUUUUUUUAAAAAAAAAAAAGAAGUUUUCUCAAAAUUUUAUGUUUUCUCUGUACAGUUAGGCAUUGCAGUGUUCUGAUAGUGCUUGGGUUACAGUUCUGUUUGUGCUCUUAUUUGGAACAUUUGAUGGGACAAAACUUUUGCGUUUGAAUUUCUAGGGUUUCAAGGAUAAGUCUGGGUGCCAGUUGUUUGCAUCAACUUAUUUCUCAAAACCAUGCUUACAGGUUUAUAUACUGUUCCAAGAGUCAAUGAAUAUAUUUAUUAUUGUCAAUACAGAAGCUCUUAACAUUUUGCUGCAACAACUCCAGAAUUUGAUAUCUCUGUUUCAGUUUGACAUUGGUAAAAACUUUUAAAAAAUUGUGAUCGUUAUUGUUAUCGACUGUUAACUAUUUGGCAUAAAAUGUUGCACUCCUGACUCAGGAGUGUCAGGUAGUAAUGUUUCUGUUACAACUACUAUUUCACUGGUACUGGCAGGUGAUGUAAAGCUUUUGCCCUUUGUGUUUUGGCCGUUCUUCUAUUUGUUUUGAACUGUGUGAGAUAAUAUUUGGUAUCAAAAGGAACAUUCGUACAAGGAAACCAUAAAAUUAUGAGACAGGAUUAAAGGCCAGUUACUUACUGUCAGGAGUCUCCCCUCAUCCUCAAAACAGUCAGGUCUCAUCUUGGGGUCUGUGAUUUGCCCUCCCUUUGUUAUGUUACCCAACUUAUCCCUCUCUCCUGCCCAAGGAAAUAACCAUUAAUUCCAAAAGCUAGGGUUGUGCCAUGUAUUUGUACAUGUGCCCAUCUGCCUCCUGAAGGUAAAUUUUAAGGUAAUAUUUUCCAUCAUAUACAGCUAACAUCUGCUUUUAACUUAUGAUCUGAAAAACAAUUUUAAAAUAAACAUAGACAGUCUUCAUCUUGUUCCAUGCGUAUUAAGAUUUCCCUUCCUUUACUAAUUUACAAAGAGGAAUAAUGAACAAUUUAUGAAAUUUUUCUGUUGUAUUUGAUGAAAAAUAUGUUGUUUGGUACAUAGCUGUGCUGGUAAUUCUGUUUUUAAGGAAUUUACAGCUAGGUUGGGUAUUCAGAAACGUAUCAUUUGCAGAUUAUAUGUUGUGUAAUGUCCAAUACUAGUUCAUGACAUGUUGUAUGUUAAUUAUCCAAGAAAGAAAUAAUUUUACAGUGAUACUCAUCGUUUGAAAAACCAUCCUUGUAUGUACAUUAUUUUUUGUUAUAGUUGUUUAUUUUCACACAUUUCUAUAGAACUGUUACUAAACACUUCUAGUCAAUGUGCCAAAGAAAGAGUUAACAUUGCUGACUUGCUCUGAAGGCAGUUUAACUUACUUCAUUUAAGAGCAUGGGGAGGAAAAGGAAUGAACAAUUGUAAUUGUCAUGCUAACUUGUUUCUCACAGUAAAACUUGGAAAAAAGUGGAGCAAUAUUUGUUUGACAUUAAAACUAUUCUCUACAAUGUUGUUGUUCCUAUUGUAGCAGUCUUUACGUACCCUCUUGUGUGUUAAUGACAUCUUGGAAUUAAGAAUAUUUAGUAUGUUUGUUAUGAAGCCAUCAUUUGCCAAAAAUAUUUUGAAAAAUGUGCUACAUUUUGUGUACAUGGUUUAUAGCUUUGAUUAUUAUGUUCAUGUAUAUAAAUUUAUCAGCAUUCCUAGGUGAAAUAUUGUACUUUAUAUUUCUGGAAACCAUUCUUGUAAGAUUUAAUUGCAUAUUAAAGGCUUAGACUGUUUGAACGUGUGGUAUUUUGAUUAAAUACAAAGCCUAUUAGGCAGUGUAAAAAUUGCUAUUGAUUUCUUUUUUAUCAUACAUGUUAUCAUGAUAUAAAAUGUUAUUGGAAUGAACAGUGAAGGAGGAUGAUCUGAAACAUGAGAAUGUUAUGGGAUAAAAUGCUCAAGGAAAUAAAUGUCACUGAAUACUACUAAAACAUUCGAAAGUGUUGUAUCUUUCAUAAUAAAUAAUGUUCUUAAAGUU